CCCACUGUGUGGUACUGCCCACGUGGUUCCGGCAGUCAAGAUGGCGGGAGCGGCCACCCAGGUUUCUGUGGAGUCGGCCCCAAGGAUCAUGAGGCUGGUGGCCGAAUGCAGCCGCUCCAGGGCCCGCGCAGGAGAGCUGCGGCUGCCGCAUGGGACAGUGGCCACUCCUGUGUUCAUGCCAGUGGGCACGCAGGCCACCAUGAAGGGCAUCACGACCGAGCAGCUGGACGCUCUGGGUUGCCGCAUCUGUCUGGGCAAUACCUACCAUCUGGGUCUAAGGCCGGGACCCGAGCUGAUCCAGAAAGCCAACGGUCUCCACGGCUUCAUGAAUUGGCCUCAUAAUCUGCUAACGGACAGCGGCGGUUUCCAGAUGGUGUCGCUGGUGUCUCUGUCCGAGGUGACGGAGGAAGGCGUCCGCUUCCGCUCCCCCUACGACGGCAAUGAGACCCUGCUGAGCCCGGAGAAAUCCGUGCAGAUCCAGAACGCGCUGGGCUCAGAUAUCAUCAUGCAGUUGGAUGACGUGGUCAGCAGCACCGUGACCGGGCCACGCGUGGAGGAGGCCAUGUACAGGUCAAUCCGUUGGCUAGACCGGUGCAUUGCAGCCCAUCAGCGGCCGGACAAGCAGAACCUCUUCGCCAUUAUCCAGGGGGGGCUGGAUGCAGAUCUCCGGGCCACCUGCCUUGAAGAGAUGACCAAGCGGGACGUGCCUGGCUUUGCCAUCGGUGGCCUGAGCGGGGGUGAGAGCAAGGCACAGUUCUGGCGGAUGGUGGCGUUGAGCACCUCUCGGCUGCCUAAGGACAAGCCCAGAUAUCUGAUGGGGGUUGGCUAUGCCACGGAUCUGGUGGUCUGCGUGGCUCUUGGAUGUGACAUGUUCGACUGUGUCUUCCCUACACGGACAGCGCGCUUUGGCUCUGCCCUGGUGCCCACCGGGAACCUGCAGUUGAGGAAGAAGGUGUUCGAGAAGGACUUCGGCCCCAUAGACCCGGAGUGCACCUGCCCCACGUGCCAGAAUCACAGCCGCGCCUUCCUGCACGCACUCCUGCACAGCGACAACACCGCCGCGCUGCACCACCUCACGGUGCACAACAUCGCUUACCAGCUGCAGCUCAUGAGCGCAGUCCGCACCAGCAUUGUGGAGAAGCGCUUCCCGGACUUCGUGCGGGACUUCAUGGGCACCAUGUACGGGGACCCCACCCUCUGUCCCACCUGGGCCACUGACGCCCUGGCUUCCGUGGGAAUCACACUGGGCUGACCUGGCAUUGGGGGAGGGAGGUGUUAGAAGAUACUGAAAGCUUUCUUUUUGGAAGUUUGUUUUUUUUUUUAAUUGUGACUUA